AUUAUAUUGAGGUAUAUAAUAUGUAUAUUAAAAUACCAGUAAUUAUUUAUACAUAAAAUGUUGUAAUAAAAUGUUUACACUGACUUUGAAGAUAUAUAAAAUUGGUGUGCUUCCAUAGGUUGUUCCUAAGAAUAACUUUAUAGAGAAUUAACAGGUCCUCAAAGUUUGUGUUUCAUGUGUCUUUCCCUAUAGACUGUUGGGAUUCUGACAGUGGUGAUUUAAAUAUAGGUAAACAUUAAUUUCUGACUGGCAGUGUAACUUUCUAUUCUUGACUUUUCUCUAUAGCUGAACAAUUAUAUUUAACAAACAGCUUGGGAAAUCUUGUAAAAAUAUUACUCUCUAGAUGCUUGAGAUGACUCCCUACUCUGCUAUCAUUUCAGUGUUCAGAUUUUUUUUUCUCUUAGAGGUACAUUAUCCCCACUUAGAAGUCAAAACUAUAAAAUUAAGUAAAAAUUGUUUACUCUUUCCCAUUUACCUCAGUUUUCUAAUAAAAUAUGUCUUAAAAAUUAUACCCUUUUUUGAAGAUUGGUUUGCAGUGAAGAUUUUUCACCCACCUUUGCUGUUUCUUCAUCACUUUACAUCAAUAUAUUUUACUGUUAAGAAGUUAACCUGGUUAUCAGGUCAGCAACCAAAGGCUCCUUUAAUGUCCCUAUGUAUCCUCUGUCAAUUAGAGUUUGUUAAUCAGCAAUAAUAUUACAAGGUAAUUAAGUCACCUUUCAGGUUGGAGUAAUAGAAUUAAACUAAUGAAAACACAUUUAAAUGAUCAAAGACUAUAAAAAGAUAGACAUUUCUUCUUUUUAUCAUCAAUGAUGAGUGAUCUUAAAGGGACUUUGCCUGUGUUCAUCCAAGCCAUACUUAUUAAUCAAUAAGCUGUUAUUAGAGUCAGAACUUUCUGACUUCAUAUCUGGCUCUUGUACCAAUUGUGUCAUCUACCUGAGAGCACUGAAAAGGGCCCCUUUUAAAUUGUGGGCUUUAGGUAGAAAUUGGUUUGCUUGUCAGAUUCAUUUUCACUAGUUUCAGCUUAGAAAACAUAAAAGUGCCAGUUUAUAUUUCAUUGGCUUCAUGUACAUAUGACAUCCAAAGGUAAAAAGUUCAUUAAUUAAUUUAUUCCAAAAUUUUUUAAUGACCUGAAAGAUAGACAGAGAGUAUAAAUAUCCUAAAUCAAAGACUUUGAAGAUAGAUAAGAAUAUAUUAAAUUACCAAUAGAAUAUCACCAAAUCUUUAAUUCAUUAAGGCUUGUUUGCAAUGGUGGCAGGUUUUUUCCUACUCUUAGAAGUAUCUCUUUGGAGUACUCUUAAACUUAGGUAUUAAUUUAAUUAUUUAAUUCUAAUUUUCUCCACUUUUUAUAGUUAUAAUAGUAUCCAGAUUGUUAAUGAAAAUUUAUGAUAUGUUAUUUUUACCUUGUUUUGACUAGUUUCGGCUUUUAAAUUUUCUAUAAGUAUCAUUGACUUUUGUUUGGUCCAAACCUCUGUUGAUGGUUUAGUGAACUUUUGGUUAGGAAACCUUCUCUGUCAUUGCAAAUGUAUAGCUCCUAUGCCAGUUAGUCUUAAGAGAGCUACCUGGGGCACUGAGAGGUAAGUGACUUGCCCAUGAUCACUUAGGCAGUAUCUAUCAAAAGUGGUACAUGACUCCUGUGUUUUUCUGCCUUAGAUAAUAAUUCUCUCUUAAAUGUGUUGUAUUGCCUCUCCUUCAUGUAUUGAUGAUAUUUGAUGUUAACAAUGUUGAAUCAGUAGCAUAUCUUUAUAGAUUUCAUUUUAAAUGCUGUGCUUAUGUUUGUAUAGCCUUCAAUAAUGUGGAUACUUGAAAGUCAAAGUGGCCAAAAAAUGCAUCACCUGGCAACCAAUUUUCAAAUGCUGUUGUGUUUAACUGAGCUGUUUCAGGUGGGUGACAGAUAAUAUCAUUUGGCUUUGGGCCCAAAUCAAAAGAUCCUAUCCAGUUUGAUUAGGACCAUAAGAGAGUUUUAAGUUCCAUCAGCCUGGAUAGGGUCAUCAAUGUGCCAUGAAGAGAAUUGGAGUAGGGUGUUAUUGGAAGAUCAUUGGUUUGUAUUAUAGUCUAAUCACUUGACAUUAUAAAAUGAAGCAUUAGAUAAACUUGUAACCAUUGGGAUUUUUAAAAAGCAUUCUUAACUCCUGACUUAAUUUUUUUUGACACUCAUUUAACUUAAAACUACUAAACAGAUUUUUAUUUUAAUCUUUGGAACAAAAAAUGUUCUCUUGGGCUGAUACCAGUAUGUUAUAUGCCAAGUUACAGACCAGAAUCUAUUUUUAUAGGCCAAGAUACAAACCCCUGAAAACCGGAGUUUAUAAUGGAAACGUUGACAGACCCUUAACUGUUGCAGCACACAUGGUGCUGCUAAAAUAAUAAGGUAUAAUGUGAACUAUUUCUUAUGUGGGGUGAAGAUUAAAUUUUCAACUCACUUUUAAUGCAAAUACAUUGUGAAGUAUUUAUUAAGAGCUCACGUGCCCAUGAUAUGUUUAGAUGCCAUAAAACCAAAUUAAAUAUGCGAUUCUUAUUUCUUAAAGCUAUUUAUCUGAAGUGGACAGUUCACAUAUUUACUGAAAAGCUUUCAUUCAAAUAUAUGAACUGCACAGCAUACCUGUGAGACUUGUGGUAGGUAAAGUUGACUGGAGACCAUUCCUUAUAGAUUCUAUUUGACACCAAAUCCUAGAAAUCCUAUCUCUGAAGAAAACCUUCUCAGGACUCACUCCACAGAUAAUUCUGGAGCAGAGGAGACAAAACCACAUUUGUUAUAUUCUGCUUCCAGCAAACGCUAGAUGGACCACUUGUUGGGCAUGUUGUGUACAGACAGUCUUGCUCAGGAAAUGUUCUGAACGUUUGGCCUCCCUGAAGGACCCUUUCAACUUGGAAGUUGUGUGACUGCUUUGUAAAUCCAGGCUGACAUUUUACUUUACAGUGGAGUCUAGAUUCUUUAUCCCGAGUGCAUUUGGAUAUUUGAAUCAGGCGAAGGCAGCUCACUCAAAUGGACAGAGAGAUAGCCCUCCAGGGAGUAGACUCCAGCUUUAGGCUGUCCCUUGUUUGUUUUGGCUUUCUCACAAUGGACAGGCUACUUGACCUCCCUGUGAGCUGGGGAGCACUUACAGAUUUGGUCUGGCCAAGAGUUUCCUCCCUGGGACUUUCCCAAUAUGAUCACAAGGGUAGUCCUUCUUCCCCCAUGGCUACUGCAUUCAAUGUUUAAAUUUCAGCUCUGGAGAGACAUGCCCCUUUCAAAGAUGUGCAGUGUGGAAGCACGUGUACACAUGCACACACACUCACACACAACUUUGAUCCAUCUGCACUUGAUCCAGUAGUAUGGAAGUUAAGCCACGUUUAUUACCUGAGAGUACGCUGUCAUUUGCCCUCUCCCCCAUCACCAUUUUUCUUUCUUUAGGUCUUAUCUUGACAUUGGUUUUAUUUGGAACAUUCUUAUUAAGUUAUCAUCACCAUUAUAUAAUACUGCUUCAAUGACUAUCUGCUCAAUCUGUCCUCCUCUGCUAGAUAUAGCUCUGCUAAAAAUGGUUUUCAAUUUAUCAGAUAUCCUUGAUUGAUUUGUGCAUACAUUUUUAGAGGCUGAAUUUUCCCUUAAUAGUUGAUUUUACUUAGUAGUUAUAUUGUUGCCAUUGGGUAUGGGGAAGAAGAGGAAGUCUUUUCCUUUUCUUGUUAAGCUGUUAGAGAGUAGAGGUGUUAGUUAUGUUCUGUGUACUGCCCCAGAGCAUUGAGAGGUGUUGGAGAAUAAGAAUUUGGUGUACAAAGAUAAUGAAGUGAUAGAUUCUGUUCUACAAAUUUGGAAAGUACUUCGAGAAGAAGGCAAAAUGGUAAAUGUUAAGUUGAAUCUUAAAGAAUCAGAUUCUCUGAUGAAUCCCCCCCCCUUAAAUAUAGUUCAAUGACCCAUUUCUACAUACAUAGAAUGAUUAAAUAUAUAACAGUUGUAGAUAUCUCUUUAUAUACAGUAGAUACGAUUUUAUUGAUAAGAGAAAGACAGCAUGUGAUUAUUUUUUAUACAAAUAGCCUUAAAAGCAUUAAUACCUUGGUUUUUUUUUUUUAAUAUUGUGUUAGAAAGAAUAAACAGAAUAGUCUUAAUUUAUUUUUCUUUUUAUCUCCCUCUAAUUGGAUCAUUCUCAGACUUCUAAAUACAUUAUCUUGGUGGCAAAAAGACUUUUGGGGCUUUUCAUUGCUAUGUAGAUUGUACUUACAGAGACAAAAAAAAUGAACGUCAACAAAAACUUUAGUAUAUUUUAUGAGAAUUGUGUUAACUUUUAUUACAUUAGCAGGAAAUAUAAGGAAAUUGUAACCUAAUAUUUUUCUUUUAUUUUUCAAGAAAAGAUAUGUGUAUAUAUGUUUUAGCAAAGGGUUAAACCUUAGCAAAAUAAGUUAUGUGGGUAAUGUUAAAAUUCUCUUGGUCAGGCAAAUCACAGAGAUGAAAGCAAUCAUGUGAAGAAAGGUUAUUUCCCUGGGACUGUGACUAAUAUUUCUUUUAAUUAAUCAUAACAAUAUAUUUGCUGUUUUCAUGACUUAAAUUUGAUUGAUGACUAACCUCACCAACUGGGGUGACAGGAAAGAGCUUUAAGGCUUUUUCUUUUGUACUUGAGUCUAGCUAGUCAUUCAUCCAUCUCUUGUUAGGAUUUUAUACUUAAGUAUAUACCACCAUGCAGUUGUCUUUGCUGAAUUUCAUACCUUUUUUUUUUUAGGAUUUUUUUCCAGUUAGUCAUUUUGAUUUUAUAUUUAGAAUAUCAGUAACCUACUGAGUACCAUCUGGAAAUUUGACUUAUUUUUUCCAGUCACAGCCAUAGAGGUUAUAAUAAUACUUGCAAUUCAAAUCCAAUUUUAUAUAGUACUUCCCAAGUUUCCAGUGUGCUUUACACAGAUUUACCUCAUUUGACUCUCACAAGAGCCUCAUGCAGAAAAUUACCCAAGAUAUUUCCCAGGUUGUAAAACAGAAAGUAAGAAUCUGUAAGGGGGACUGAUUUACCUAAAGUUGUGCCAGCUCAUUAAGCAGGAAAGCAGACCUAGAACCUCAAUCUUUUGACUCCAACUUAAUUGCCCUUUCCAUGUGAAGCCAGCACCAGAGACUUAGAACAUGUCGAAAUAUCCCUUAUGUUCCAGAACCUCUUUAUUCAUGGUCCAUUAAUUUUUUUCUAAUAACUGUGUUGUAAUAAAAUUAUUACCUUGAUAAUUUUGUUGAUUUUUCUGUGAAAAUCAUCUUAAUUGAGAUGAGUUUAAAAUUCUAACUUGAAAUAUCUAUCAUUUCCUAUUCUUAUUGGACAAAAAGUCAUUAACAUUAUUAGAGCAGAAUUAGAUUGGGAUAGUUUGCCUUUACUUGUAACAGAUAACAGUGUUUUAAACAGUUUUAACAAGGCUUUAAACAAUUCCAGCUUUCUUACUUUUCUCAUAGUUGAUCUCGGUAAUGCCACAUGAUACUGGUGAUGCUUUCUAGUGUGAGCUUUGGCUCACUAAAUUAAAAUGAUAACUUAGAGGGCAAUGAAACAACAUAGAGUGGGCAUAGGAGAGCAGUAGUGUGUGCCCAACAGUGACUUCCAUAUAAGUAAUCAUACUAAUCAGCAUUUCCUGUUGUACUACUACCUCAGACAUUUCUUGGUUGGUAUACUAGCAGAAACAUGAAUAAUGGCCCCUCACUGAUUCAUAAUUUUGAAGUUUCUUCCAAAUUUUACCCCAUUCUUCAAAAUAUCAAUAGAUUAUAAAUUCCCUGAAGGUAGGACUGUUUCAUUUUUGUUAUGAUAGUCCCAGUGCCUAGUAUAGAGUCAUGUCAAGAAUAGCUGCUAUUAAUAAAUAUUGACUGAAUUAUAUUGAAUUUGUUUAGAAAGUAUAAAAGAUAAAAUUAAAUCUCAGUAAUAAAAAUGUUGAAUUUUAAGAGAUUUAUUAAUGAUCAUUAGAAAUCAAGUAAUAAAGAAGAUACAAAAUAAAGACCAUGUGCCCAUGGCUGAUCAGCUGGUUUCAAAUACCCAUCUUACCACCACCAAACUCGGAACAGGAAGUAAAGAGGUGGGACCUUUCGUGUCCUUGCCUAAUAUCCACUGUCUACAGGAAGUACAUAAUGGCAGGAAGUCAGCGGGCUCCUGGGAAAUGUAGUUAUUUUUUUUUUAGGGUAACAGAUUUUCAACUAUACAAAAGAGAAAGAAAAGUUAUCAUAUUGCUGUAAAGUUAGUAUUUGUGGCCAGUCUUUGUUCAUACACUUUAAUUCAUUGAUUAUUUCUAAUAUGAUUUAAAAAUUGUAAUCUGAUGUUAGAAAAUUUGCAUGAACAGCUAGGAUCAUAAGUGGUAAAGUCAAAUGGGAAAAAAGUCUUUAUAACAAAUAAAUAAGAGUCUGAAAUCCAAAAUAUAUAGUGAAUUUGUAAAAAAAAAAAUAUGAUGAAAAGCCUUUCUAAUUCAUAAGUGGUCAAAGAAAAUGAAUAAAUGGUUCUUAAAAUAGGAAUAGCAAGAUACUGAAAUGUAUGAAAAAUUCUUCAGAUCACUAAUAAUUAUAAUUAUAAAAAUGAUAACACUAAUAAUAAGAAACUAGAAUGUAUUUAGCACCUAGUAUGUGCCAAGCUUUUAGAUUGUUAUUUUCCUAAUUUUACAGAUUACCUGAGGCAGAGAUGAAAUAACUUGCCCAGGUUUUCACAGCUAGUAGAUGUCAGAUCGGAGUUGAACUUUGGUCUUCCCUGACUUCACACAGAACUUUGUGCACUACUAUGCCACCUUCCUGCCUGAUUGUAAAUCAGAACAACCCUGACAUUUAAUUUUACCCGUAACAACUUGGUGGAAGGUUGAAGAGUGGAAGGUGGAAGGUGGAAGAAGAAAACAGUUGAUCCUGGAGAGGUCUUGGUGAGAUAGACAUAGUAGUGUGUUGUCAGUAGAAUUGCAAGGUGAUCCUUUCAUUCUGGAAAGCAAUUUGGGAUUAUGAAAAUUAAUAAUUAAGUUAAAAGAUUUCAUUGUUAGGUGUAGACCAAGAAGGUCUAUGACAAAAGUUAAGUUCUUAUAUAUAUCAAAAUAUUUGUAGUAGCAAAGAAUUGUAAAUAAAGUAGAUUAUGCUUGAUUGAGGAAUGACUAAAUAAAAUGUAUAAUAUAGAAUAGACUUACUGUAAGAAGUGAGAAAUAUGGUGACCAAAACACUGGAAGACUUAAGUGAAGUAUUAUUAUAAGAAUGAGAUUAAAAGUAUGUAUACAUAUAUGUAAAUAUGUAUAUAUAUAUAUAUUUGAUAAGAUAUAGUUUGAUAACUUAAGAAAUCUGGAAUAUUGACUCAAGGACUGCAGAGAGGCUCAUGUGAGGAAUUCUUUGGAAGGUCUUAGAAUGUAAGAAGUGGGAGGAGCAGGGGAAGUGAAGUGGCAGUUAGCCCUGGAUAAAGAAAGGAUUAGCUGACUGUGUCUUCUCUCUCACUUACCACAGACUUGGGUUUGAGAGGAAAGGAGGAAAAUCCUGUUGAAUCUUAGUGUUUUUCCUUUGAACACUUUGGAAAACACUAGGAAGAGGAAUUUGUUACCAUCUACCAGUGAUUCAGUGGUUGAUUUUGAAGAAGAUCAAAGAGAUCCUGUCUGUGUUCUGAACUUUGAGUCUCUCCAGAGUCACAGCUCAGCUUCAUUGAGCUUCAGCCUUUUUAGUAACUUGGAGACAACUUUAAGAUAUUGAUACUUGAACUUAUAUAAGGAUUUAGUUUACUUUACAUAGUUUGGGGAUUUUAUUCAGUAUGAGAAGUAAUAGAAGGGCUUGGAUGAAUUCCUAUGAUCUGACGAAUUUAAUCUUACAAUGAAAGUGGAGUGGAUAGUUAUUUAGUUCCCUCAGUGUUAAGGCAUUCUUAUAUUUAACCUUUAAUAUAAAUAAAAUAUAUAUAUUUGUGCACAAGAUUCUCCAAGUUAGUUUGUGCACUGAGCCCACUGAAGGAAGGUUCAAACUUGGGCUUUCCUUUAAGGAGGAGAACUGGGAUAGUUUGUAGGCGUUAGACAAAGUAUCCAGUGUAGUUCCCUACCUUAUUAUAACAUUAUUUUGUACAUUGCUCUGAAGAAAUCAAUAUGAAUGGAAAUACUGAGACUUCUUAAUGCUUCAAAAUCAUGUUGGUCAAGUGUGGCCCCAAAAAAGAGACAUGGAAAAACUCUGCUCACUCAGGACUGUUGUUGGUUGCCUCUCGAACUGAGGAUGACGAUUGUCUUUGUGUGUUUUUGUGCACAAAGACACCUGUGCAUGAAGAUUUAAGUGGAAAAGUCGAUGCACAGAGACAGUCCCAUUCUCUCGGUGUUGGAAGCCUGGGCCCAGUGGCACGAAAAGUCGUUACACCUGGAGACUUCCUCAGCUGCAUUGGAUGGCCGUGUUGUCUUUUGUGCUCCAACAUGCCCUGAGCACUCCACAGUGCUUUGCUGCGUCGCCAUCUCAGCCGCUGAACCUUCUUAUUGGUUUCUUCCGCCUGUUCCACUGAAGCAGUCUUCACCUUCUAGAGCAUCCAUUACUUUUGGGGAUAGUUGCCAUUGCUAGCUAUGUUCCCUUCCUUCUCUGAAACUCGUCACCCCCUGCAGGCUGAAGAACAAGAAGUUGGCAUUGACCCUUUGUUGAAUUAUUUGAAGUCUGAAGGUGAAUCCAAUGAAAAUGGAAGGAUAAAUCCUACCACAGACUCUGAUGGUACUUUCAUUUCCUACAGUAAAGAAUGGGAAGAACUAUUUGUAAACAACAAUUACUUGGCAACUAUACGGCUGAAGGGGAUUAAUGGGCAGCUGAGAAGCAGCAGGUUCCGCAGUGUUUGCUGGAAGCUUUUUCUGAAUGUUCUCCCUCAAGAUAAAAGUCAGUGGACUAGCCAAACUAAGGAAUUGAGAGCAUGGUACAACAGAAUCAAAGAAAGACAUAUUACCAACCCUCGGAAAGCUGCAGGACAACAGGAUUUGAUGAUCAAUAAUCCUCUCUCUCAGGAUGAAGGGAGUCUUUGGAACAGAUUUUUUCAGGAUAAAGAGCUUCGAGCAAUGAUUGAACAGGAUGUCAAAAGAACGUUUCCUGAAAUGCAGUAUUUCCAACAAGAAAAUGUGAGAAAAAUUCUUACAGAUGUUCUUUUCUGUUAUGCGAGAGAAAACGAGCAGUUGCUUUAUAAACAGGGUAUGCACGAGUUGUUAGCACCGAUAGUCUUUAUCCUCCAUUGUGACCACCAAGCCUUCCUACAUGCCAGUGAAGCUGCACGGCCAAGUGAGGAAAUGAAAGCCCUUUUGAAUCCCGAGUACCUGGAGCAUGAUGCCUAUGCAAUGUUUUCACAUCUUAUGGAAACUGCUGAGCCCUGGUUUUCGACUUUUGAGCAUGAUGGUCAAAAGGGAAAAGACACAAUGGUGCCACCCAUCCCAUUUGCCAGGCCACAGGAUCUCGGUCCAUCCAUUGCAAUUGUUACAAAAGUAAACCACAUUCAAGACCAUCUCCUAAAGAAGCAUGAUAUUGAACUCUACAUGCACCUGAACAGACUAGAAAUCGCUCCACAAAUCUAUGGACUACGAUGGGUCCGACUACUGUUUGGACGAGAAUUCCCUCUUCAGGAUCUUCUGGUUGUCUGGGAUGCUUUAUUUGCAGACAGUAUCAAUUUGGGCUUAGUGGACUAUGUUUUUGUAGCCAUGUUACUAUAUAUUCGAGAUGCAUUGAUCUCCAGUAACUAUCAAACCUGCCUGGGACUUCUGAUGCAUUACCCACCAAUGGGGGAUGUGCAUUCGCUUAUCCUCAGGGCCCUUUUUCUCCGGGACCCAAAGAGAAAUCCAAGACCUGUGACCCAUCAGUUCCAACAAAAUUUAGAUUAUUACAAAGCAUGUGGAGCAGAUCUUAUGAAUAAAACCCGGGCUAAUGCCAAAGCUGCCCCACUGAACAUAAACAAGGUCUCCAACAGCCUACUUAAUUUUGGUAGAAAAUUAAUUGGCCCAGCCAUGACCACAGGCAAUAUGGUUGGCCCCAUCCCCAGCGGCAAUAGUGGCACCUCUCCUGCUGCCAUGACGGUCAGGACCCCGGCAGAAGCCCCCCGGCAGCAUCACCCACCGCAGCAGAUACAGCAGCAGAGAAUGAUGAAAUCAGAGAGCAUGCCAGUCCAGCUCAGCAAAGGAGAUGUAGUUACAGGAAGCGAUGCUCAGGUUUCUGUUCCUGUCCAGCCUCUAACUGGCCUCCAAGGGCAGAGCGCCAAGAACAUCAGUGCGUCUCCCAGCAUCGACAGUCUGCCCGGGGGGAGAGAGGUCACAGGCUCCCCGCCCUCCUCGGCCCCCAAGAAGGACUCUUUCUUCAGCACCAUCUCCCGUUCCCGCUCUCACAGCAAGACCAUGGGCCGGAAGGAAUCGGAAGAAGAAUUAGAAGCCCAGAUUUCAUUUCUUCAAGGACAGCUGAAUGACCUGGAGGCCAUGUGCAAAUACUGUGCCAAGAUGAUGAACACUCACUUGGGAAAUAUCCAGGAUGUCAUAUUACAGGAGAAUUUGGAGAAGGAAGACGAGAUCCUGGUGUCUCUAGCAGGACUAAAGCAGAUCAAAGACAUCCUCAAAGGCUCCCUGCGCUUCAACCAGAGCCAGCUGGAGGCCGAGGAGAACGCGCAGAUCACCAUCGCCGACGACCACUACUGCUCCAGCGCUCAGAGCAAGGCCUCGGCGGGCGGCCCCGCGUGGAAGCCGCCGCUGCCGGCGCCCCAGCAGAGCCGGCCCAGUGUGCCCGCAGCUUCGGAUGACUAUAUCCUGGUUUCCAAAGAGGAUGAGGAAGGCAAUGGGAAUGGAGCUUCCGGCCCAGCGGUGUCUCUCCGGGCUCACAAAGGCCCGUCAGGGAAGCCCGAGAGGCUGUCUCGGUCCUCCCUGGUGUUCUCGGAUCCCCUCACGGGCACCACGUCGGUGUCCUCCAGCAAUCUGAGCUCCAGCCCUGAUGAUGACGACAGCAGCAGUGCCAGCAAGGACUCCGACUUCACCAUCGUGAGCCCCUUGGACCUCUGAGCGCACCGUUCGGAGCCUCCCCUGCCGAGGCCAGGGAGCCGCUUCGCGUGGGCCGCCUCUAAAGCCUACCCUGUCAUUGUGAGCAUCCCCGAGGUGAGCUCCGUCCAUCGGAACCCGCCCCAGAGGACACAUGGAGCGGAUUCAGCCCCCACCUCAAGCCUCGUCCCAGGCCUUCCCCGGAAAGGGCAGCUCCAGGCGCUCCCUGCACUCCGCUUGAUUUGCCAACGCCGCCUCCAAAGCCUCCGCACUGAUCAGGACCAACCAGGGGCGCAACGGGAGGCUGUCUUGACUGUACAGAGACGUUUUGCCUCCAGUGCGCCGGGGAGCUGGCCAAACCAGGCCAGGCCCUUCAGCCAUCGGCGUCCCCUCCCCCGGCUGGCCGGCGGUCGUGUCUCCCCUCGACCUAGGCCCAGGUUCCAUUGUAGAUGUCCUGACGAAUGAGCCCGAUGCCAGCACGCUUCUUCUUUUCAUCCAGUAUUGAACACAAAAUCUGACACCGUCCGUUUCUCAGUGGCCGCCGCUUGGAAAAUGGACGCCGACCACCAGGAGUGCGAGGCCCGACCUAGCCGCCCGACUCCUGAACGAGGAAAAGCUGCCGCCCAGCCCAUGGCUUCCCCUCUGUAAGUGGCUGCCCUGGCAGGAGGAAGCCGAUGCCGCUUUAGAGGUUCGCCCGGACCCCUCUCAGCCCAGCGCAGCCAGAGAGUGCUUGUGCCCUCUGACGUGCCGCUGCAGCAGGUUUGAGAAGGUUUUGUCAGCCCUGAUCAGGCUCCGCGGCGCCUGCGGGGUGAACGCGCUCCUGGAGGCAGAUGGCCGGAGGCUGCCCUCCUGUCCCGCUUCCUCUGUCCAUAAUGUGACCGUGCCCAAGGCCUUUCCCAUGUGUUCCAUGGUUUAAGCUCUAGCAGGAAAAGCGUCUCUAACACGUGGUCCAGAAGGCAGUCGGAAGCUCUGUCUUUGCCUUGUUCUCCAUUCCAGCCCUGCUGGGCAGAUCAUUACAAGGUUCUCUCCGUCCACCCGCCACCAGGAGCACGCGCACAGAUGGUUGUGCCAAAUGGCUGCCUUUAAACACCUCGCUGGGCCUCCUCCUUCCAGAUUCUGGCCGGGUCUGAUGGGCCGGGCCCAGGGACAUCCGCAGACCGACCGGCGAGCAGGAUCUGAUUCCAGAGGGGUUGCCUGGGCUCAUCCAUUCCAGACGCUGCCUGUCCUGCUAGACUAGCCUGACCCAGCCCAGCCCAAUCAAAGGCCGCUCUCCCCUCGGUGGGCAGCUCGUGCCGUAGCUGUCCUUCUGAGCAAAAGCAGCAGUUUGGUCUGAAGUACGCCAGGGUUCGACCUAUUCAGGUCCAGGAUUUGAGGGUGUUUGGGUGGGGUGCGGAUGCCAGAUUCCAAUUAUCCCAGACCCCGGAAGCCUUCUUUUGUAGCCCAGAGCGAUCUCCGUCUUGCCUCUAAGGGAGGAGAGGAGCAGUGCCCUCCCAGACCCCGCAGGGCCGGGGCCUCUUCAGGGAAUGCCUCUUCUCCUUCCAGCCAGGCACUCGCUUUUCUCAGCCUUCCCUCUUUCCUUUUCACACUGUUCAAGUCUUACUUCAUCUCAGUGCCAUGAAAGAAGAGAAAGGGGUUCAGGGCUCUUGGUUAGUGGAGCAGCUAUUUGUGUUUCAUCAAACAUUCUUUUUUGAAAUCCUGAAAAUAGGAAGCCUUUUUUUGGUCAUUGGGGGGUUUGGGUUGCUUUGGGGGGAUGGAUUUUUUGUUUAUUUUUUUACUUUCUGUAUCAAUAACUGUGUAUAGAAAUCACUGAAAUGCUUUUGGCUUCAUACUACCUGCCAUGUUUUGAUUUUUCAGUUUAAAGCACAUCUUAUAGCAGCCAGGAAGGCAGUCCUCUGAGUUACCUUUUCAUUAUUCCUUUUUACCGUAUCCUCACGCAUCUCCAGUACAUCCUUCCGCCACGUGUUCAGCCUGGAAGCUGAGUACAGACUCCCCUUCCCGCAGGCAGCGGGCUCCACGGAGCCACAGGAGGGAGAGCGGAAGCCCAGGCGUCACCCUGACUUGGCGCUCUGAUGCCGAGAAGGAAUUUGCUCCUUUCGGACGUCCCGAAUCUUCUUCCAAAGAUGACCUGCUCAUUAAGUCCAGUGGCAGCCACCUUCUCCUAGGAAAUCAUCUGCUCUGGGUGCCGUGUCCCUGUGAAUGAGGGAUGGUAGACUGUCAAAGCAGGCCAGAACCUCCCCGUCUGUGCCAUGUGACGGGCUCUCGCCUUGCAUGAAACAUCCGCGCCGGAGAAGCGUUCUGCCUGAAGCCACGAGCACCGUGCCUCGAUGGGGUGAGUGUGGGGCAGUUUCCUAGCUGGAGGAAUGUCUCGCCUGCUUUAUUAAACGGCUAACAAAUGCAAAA